UUUAUUUCCCUUUUUAUGGUUCAUUGGCUCUUAAUUACCCAAAUUUCACUUGAUUCGAAAAAAUUCGACUAUAUUUAUAACUUUGGCGAAAUCUCAAAUUUCCGAUUACUACCAAAUUCGAUUCCUUCAUCUUCUUCUCCACCAUUUUUCGAUCGCAGACGAAGAUCUUUCACCGAUUGUGAAUGGAAAUGGGAGUUAUGGAGAAUUUGAUGGUACAUACGGAGAUAUCAAAGGUUAAGUCUCAGAGCAAUGGUGAGGUGGAGAAACGAGGAGUGUCAGUUUUGGAGAAUGGUGGUGUUUGCAAGCUUGAUCGAAUGAGUGGGCUUAAGUUUAAGCGUCGGAAGGUUUUUGCUGUGAGGGACUUUCCACCGGGUUGUGGUUCGAGAGCAAUGGAAGUGAAGAUUGCUUGUGAGAAUGGGAAUGUUGUUGAAGAUGUUAAGGUUGUUGAGUCUUUGGUUAAAGAGGAGGAGAGUUUGGGGCAGAGAGAUGCCUCUGAAAACGUGAGUGAUAUCAGAAUGGCUGAGCCGGUGGAGGUUCAGCCUCUGAGAAUUUGUUUGCCAGGAGGUGAUGUGGUAAGAGACUUGUCUGUUACCGCGGGAGACGAGUGUUCAAACAGUGAACAGAUUGUGGCGGGUUCUGGUGUUAGCAGCAGCAGCGGAACUGAAAACAUUGUCAGGGAUAUCGUUGUUUACGCAGAUGAGAGCAGUCUAGGAAUGGAUAAUUUGGAUCAAACUCAGCCGCUAGAAAUUGAAAUGUCAGAUGUUGCAGUUGCAAAACCGAGGCUUGUUGCGGGUAGAAAGAAGGCAAAGAAAGGAAUUGCAUGUCAUUCAUCCUUGAAGGUUGUUAGCCGAGAGUUUGGUGAAGGAUCUAGGAAGAAGAAGAGUAAGAAGAAUUUAUAUUGGCGUGAUAGGGAAAGUCUGGAUUCUCCUGAGCAGCUUCGGAUACUAGGUGUUGGGACAAGCAGCGGUUCAAGCAGCGGUGAUAGUAGUCGGAACAAAGUAAAGGAAACUCUACGUCUUUUCCAUGGCGUUUGCAGAAAGAUUCUGCAGGAGGAUGAAGCAAAGCCUGAGGACCAAAGGAGAAAAGGUAAAGGUCUUAGAAUAGAUUUUGAGGCUUCGACCAUUCUCAAAAGGAAUGGCAAAUUUCUCAACUCUGGUGUGCAUAUUUUGGGAGAAGUGCCUGGGGUUGAGGUUGGUGAUGAGUUCCAAUAUAGGAUGGAGCUGAACAUUCUUGGUAUACAUAAACCAAGCCAGGCCGGUAUCGAUUAUAUGAAAUAUGGUAAGGCCAAAGUUGCGACAAGUAUUGUAGCCUCUGGAGGGUAUGACGACCAUCUGGAUAACUCGGAUGUCUUGACCUACACUGGUCAAGGCGGAAACGUGAUGCAAGUAAAGAAGAAGGGAGAGGAACUGAAAGAGCCUGAAGACCAAAAGCUUAUUACCGGAAACCUCGCGUUAGCAACCAGCAUAGAAAAACAAACCCCUGUGCGUGUCAUUAGAGGCAAACAUAAGUCAACUCAUGAUAAAUCAAAAGGUGGAAAUUAUGUUUACGACGGAUUAUAUCUUGUGGAAAAGUAUUGGCAACAAGUCGGAUCUCACGGUAUGAAUGUCUUCAAGUUUCAACUUAGGCGCAUACCUGGACAACCUGAACUUUCUUGGGUAGAGGUGAAGAAAUCUAAGUCAAAAUACCGGGAAGGUCUAUGCAAGCUUGACAUCUCAGAAGGGAAAGAGCAGUCACCCAUUAGCGCUGUGAACGAAAUAGACGACGAGAAACCGCCUUUGUUCACCUACACUGUUAAACUGAUUUACCCAGAUUGGUGCAGACCAGUUCCUCCAAAGUCAUGCUGUUGCACCACGCGCUGCACCGAAGCUGAAGCGAGGGUGUGCGCUUGUGUGGAGAAAAACGGUGGAGAGAUACCGUACAACUUCGAUGGAGCCAUUGUUGGUGCAAAACCUACUAUCUAUGAAUGUGGCCCACUCUGCAAAUGCCCUUCUAGUUGCUACCUAAGAGUCACACAGCAUGGGAUCAAGUUACCGCUUGAGAUCUUCAAAACCAAGUCAAGAGGUUGGGGAGUGAGAUGUCUUAAGUCGAUCCCUAUUGGUAGCUUCAUAUGUGAAUACGUUGGUGAACUUUUAGAGGAUAGUGAAGCAGAAAGAAGAAUCGGGAACGACGAGUAUCUCUUUGAUAUUGGUAACAGAUAUGAUAACUCUUUAGCUCAAGGGAUGUCAGAGCUAAUGCUGGGGACACAGGCAGGCCGAUCUAUGGCAGAAGGUGAUGAGUCGAGUGGAUUCACCAUUGAUGCAGCAAGUAAGGGUAAUGUUGGGAGGUUCAUAAACCAUAGCUGCUCGCCAAAUCUGUACGCCCAAAACGUUUUGUAUGAUCAUGAAGACUCUAGAAUCCCUCACGUGAUGUUCUUCGCACAGGACAAUAUACCUCCGCUUCAAGAACUCUGUUACGACUACAAUUACGCGCUCGAUCAGGUACGUGACUCUAAGGGUAAUAUCAAGCAGAAACCUUGCUUUUGUGGUGCUGCCGUAUGUAGGCGUAGGCUCUAUUGAUAGAUGAUUCGCCUCCAACUUUUAUCUCUGUGUCAUUAUGAUUCUUUCUUGUUUUCAUUUGUAUUGUCUAAUGAAUAUAAUGAACUUGAUG